AUGACACUGGAAGAUCCCGCAGCGUUCAUCCUUCUGCAAGAACAGAUUUCGGCUGCAAAACAGGUAUUCAGUGAUGCCCUGGCGAAGGCACUAAAUCUGGUCGAGACGCAGGCGCCGAUUCUCUCUCGCAUUGGCGAUGGCACACAGGACAAUCUGUCGGGCUUUGAGAAGGCGGUGCAGGUGCGCGUGAAGGAAAUUCCGGAAUCGAACUUCGAGGUGGUGCACUCCCUCGCCAAGUGGAAGCGUCAAACGCUCGGCGACCACAAGUUCCCUGUUGGCCAGGGCAUCUUCGUCCACAUGAAGGCUUUACGUGUGGAGGACACGCUUGACAACGUCCACUCCGUCUUUGUCGACCAGUGGGAUUGGGAGAUGGUGAUGCCACCGGCCCAGCGCAACUUGGCGUUCCUGCAGGACACCGUGCGCCGCGUCUACACCGCUAUGCGGCAGGCGGAGGCUACAAUCUGCAGCAGGUACAAGCUGGAGGCCGUCCUCCCAGAGGAGAUCACCUUCCUGCACAGCGAGCAGCUGCUAUCCAUGUACCCAAACAUGGAUCCUAAGGAUCGUGAACGCUCCAUCGUGAAGAGGCACGGCGCAGUCUUCCUCAUCGGCAUUGGUGGUAAGUUGAGCAGUGGCGACCGUCACGAUAUGCGCGCGCCCGACUAUGACGACUGGUCGACACCGCUGCAGGCUGAGGCGACAGGAUCCUUCAUGGCACACCCGACGAUGAACGCACUUGCCUCUUUGGAGGGUCUGAACGGCGAUAUACUAGUGUACAACCCUGUGCUAGACGAUGUGCUGGAGCUCAGCAGUAUGGGGAUCCGUGUGGACUCGGAGACACUGCGCCGCCAACUCGCAUUACUUGGUAACGAGGACCGGCUGCAGUACGUGUGGCAUAAGCGGCUCCUGGCGGGCGAAUUUCCACAGACCAUCGGUGGUGGGAUCGGUGAAAGCCGUCUCGUCAUGUUCCUGUUGAAGAAGAAACAUAUCGGGGAGGUGCAGUGCAGUGUGUGGCCAAAGGAGGUACAUCGUGAUUACCGUGUGCUGUGA